GAGGACUGCGUGUGAGGCGGCGUGUGAACGGUGACAGCGAUCGAGACGGAAUCGAGUGAGGUGUUCACUGGAGGACAGACUGCGGCGGAGGUGGUGCUCUCUGUCACUGGUGCUGGUCGAGAUGGUGUGAUGAAUCGGAUAGAGGAGCCCUGACAAGCGGCCGGACGAGCUCUCCGACUUCCUGCGGCGCAUGGAGACGAGCAUUCUGAGCGGUCCCGAGCACGGCUCCGACUACGGCUCCGUCCCCGGAUCCGGAAACAACUCGGCUCCCGGAUCCGCCAACGGCUCCGCUUCCAGAUCCGGCCACGGCUCGGCUACGGGAUCCGCCAAAGGAUCUGUCAACGGUUGUGGAUCUGGAUCCGGGUCCUCCCAGGAUUCUGCCGCUGGUUCUACCACAGGAUCCGCCGCUGGAUCUGCUCCAGGAUCUGCUCCUGGAUCCGCUCCAGGAUCAGCUCCCGGAUCUACAUCGGGAUCCGUGCCCCGCAAAACCUCGAAGUCUCUUACCAGCUCGGACACUUGCUCUGCUAUAGGCUCUGAGAGCAUUCCUGAGCCCGACUCUAUUUCUAAGCCCGAUGCUGUCCAGACAAGUGAACAAGUAGCUCCUUGCGAUCCUGACACUGAGAGCUGUGCGAUUGCCUCCUCUGGUGCUGACCAGACUGACCAGGUCAACGGGACUGGAUCUGACCCCUCUCCAAGUCCAACCGACGGCCCUACGCCCCAGGACGAUCAAGCCCCUGCUGAGGUCUCCACAGCCGACCUGGAGGCUGACCCCACAGCUGAAGGACCCCGCACGGUGGCGACUCAGACGAGCCCCGCCUCCUCGGUGGCCUCCUCCUGGUCGGACCUGAGCGAGCGCACGGCGGCCGACGGCGCCGACAGCGGGGCCGAGCGGCGCCCCUGGCCCGGCCCCGUGCCGCCGGCCACACGCGAGGCCACCACAUCCAUGUCGCGCCGGCCGGCGAUGCGGAUGCUGCGUGCGCGCUCGGAGGAGCCCAGCGGGCCGACGGCCGGCGCGGCGGCGGCCACCUCCUGGCAGUGGCAGAGCGCCGAGCAGAUGCACCGGCUCGCCGAGCAGGCCGAGCCGGUGGCCGGGCCGUACCCGAGCCGCCGACCGGCGCGGCCCAUGCAGCUGCAGCUGGGGGAGGCUGGGAGCAGGCCGCGGCAGCGCGCCCCAGGCCGCCGGCCUCCCUCCCCGGCCGUGUCACCACUCAGCACGCCAGGAGACGAGCGGCCACCCACGGAAGACAAGCCUCCGCGACACGCCGCUGGGCGGCAGCAGCAGCGCCGGCGCAGUUCGCAUCUAUACCUGGAGAGGGCAGCACGGAUGUCGUGCUCGGAGCCGACCCUGGACAAACCGAACGGCAGGCCACAGAUGGCGCUACAGGCGGAUUUCAACAAGUUUCAGGGCGGCUCGAGUGCCACUCGAUCCUACUCUGCCAAACAACUCGCAGAAUGGGAGGCUCUCGAGGCAUGUCGCUGGCUCCGCGACGCCGGCUUUCCGCAGUACGCCCAGAUGUAUGAAGAGUGCCGCUGCCCGAUAGACCUGCGCUCGGUGCAGAGCGACCACCCCUCGCUGGAUCUGGACAGUCGGCAUGCGCUCUUCAAGAGGAUCAACACAGUGAACAGGGCCACCAAUAUGAAGCUGGAGGGAGUCGUCCGACGCGUGGGUGAGGAGAGUGACGACGAUGAGUCGCGCGCCAUCAGUGAGAAUUGGUCGUACCUGCGCCACUCGCAGCGCUGGCGGCGUCACCAGGCAGUGCCGCCGGCGCCGGCCGCCGCCAGUCCGCCCAGCGCCAGCUCCAACAGCACACUCAACUCGGACUCUAGCGUCGGCGGCACGGUGCCGGAGCGGCGCAGCGGCCGGGAGCGGCUCCAGGACGGCAUCCUGCGCCGCAUGGAGAGCCUCCGCGCGCGCAGGAAACGCGCUCAGAAGGCGCCGCGCGACGACUCGUCGUCGUAUUUCUCUGCGUCGGACGCGAGCGGAUCGCCGCGGACGGCGCGGCCGGCCCGGGACGACAGCGGCGCCCUCUCGGACGGCGAGCACUCGCCGCCGCUGUUCCGAGCGCUCGCCACGCCCGGGAAACCGGCCAAAGACGCCAACAGUAACGUGUGCGACGGCUCGGACACCGUGGACUUUCUGCAGACGAGCUCGCCCAAGCUGAGUCGACACAGAGGUGGAAGUCUGAGGGUCGGAUCGUCACACGGAGCUGGAUGGAGGUCCAGCAGUCUGAAUAUGGGCAAAGAGAGCCAGGGCUACCGCAGGAAGCUGCAGAGUAAACUGAAGCGCAAGGAGUCAAUGGAGCGGCCCCUGCCUCCGCAGUGUCCCCCGCCUCAGACGCCCGACCGGCACCGGGUCAGCACCUACGACAACACGCCGAUCGUCGUCUACAAUCGGGUCUAUGUCGAUGACGACGCUCCGGGUACGCCUCCCAGCCCGGGCGUGCGCGACGCCCGCGCCAACUCCAGUCCGCAGAUCCAGGCGGUGGAGCCGCGCGGCCGAUCGGGCAGCUGUGAUACCAGUGUGAGCCACAGCUCCGAGGGAUCGCUGCCAUCCACCGCCGGCUCGGACCAGGAACAGAAGCCGCGCAGCACAAACGUGGUGCGCUGGCACAGUUUUCACCGGAGCGGCAGCGGCGUGCUGACCACGCGGCCGGCGCCGGCCCCCAUCUGUCCCACUCACAUCUCCCGGCUGUCCUCCGGGCAGAUCGCCCUGCUGAAGAAACACGCCCUCCUCAGGAUUACGGCGACCAUGGAGCGUCACUGUCCGUCCAAGUCCUCCAACUGGAACUGGGACAUCCCCAAGUUCAUGCGCAAGUUCCGCGUGCCCGACUACCGGGACCGGCGGGUGUUUGGUGUUCCUCUGACGGUGACGGCUCGCCGUAGUGGCCACCCUCUGCCACCGACCAUCGUCGCCGCCAUGGACUACCUGCGGAAGAACGCCCUCGAUCAGGUGGGCCUGUUUCGCAAGUCUGGCGUGCGCUCGCGGAUCCAGAAGGUCCGUGAGAUGUGCGAGGCUGCCGACGGCGACGAACCGCUGCCGUUUGACGAUCACCAGGCGUACGACGUGGCCGACAUGAUCAAACAGUACUUCAGGGAGCUGCCAGAGGUGCUGCUCACGCACAAGAUCUCCGAGAUCCUGAUCGCCAUCUAUCAGUACGUUCCGUCCGGGCUGCGGCUGGAGGCCACCAAGUGCGCCCUGCUGCUGAUGCCGGACGAGUCGCGGCUGGCCCUCCAGACCCUGCUGGCCUUCCUCUCGGACGUGGCCGCCGCAUCCUACGUCAACCAGAUGACGGCGCACAACCUGGCCGUCUGCCUGGCGCCCUCCGUGUUCUCCGUCACCUCACAGCGCUCCGCGUCCGCCUCGCCGCGCCGCACGCGCCGCGCAGGGGUGCCCGACCAGCGCGAGCUCAACGAGAACCGUGCCGCGCACGAGUGUCUGGCCGCGCUCAUCCGACAGUCGGAGGCGCUGUUCUGCCUGCCCGAGGACCUGCUGUCCGGCUGCCGGUUCUCCUACCUGGACGUGUCGCAGCCGGUGGCGCUGCCCGCGCUGGGCACCGAGGAGCAGCCGGGCAGCUGGCGCGCCUACACAGACGCCUGCUGCGCCGCCCUGCUGCGGGAGGCGCGCGACCGGCCCCGCGGCUGGGUGACGGUCACAGCCGACGACCCGGGCCUCGACCUGGCCUACCGUAAGGUGGGCGACGGCCACCAGCUGCGGCUGUGGCGCGCCGGGGUCGAGCUGGAGGCGCCGCCGGCCGAGGUGCUGCACCGCCUGCUGCGCCAGAGGCACGCUUACGACCUGCGGCUGGUCAAGUGGCGCGUGGUGGAGCGGCUGGCGGCGGACGCCGAGGUGUUCCAGUACGCCGUGUCAGCCGUCGAGCCGCUGCCUGUCACAGAGUACUGCGUGCUGCGCGCCUGGCGCUCGGACCUGCCGCGGGGCGCCUGCGCUGUCGUCGAGACGUCUGUGGAGCACCCAGAUUCUCCGGUCCAGCCCGGCGGCCGGCGCGGUGUGGUGCUCGCCUCCCGGUACCUGAUUGAGCCGUGCGGCGCUGGAAAGUCGCGUGUCACCCACUUCUCCCGCGCCGACCACAGGGGCUGCUCCCCAGAGUGGUACAACAAGGUGUAUGGCCACCUGUGUGGCCUGCAGCUGACCAGCCUGCGAGAGUCGUUCAGACACGUCGCAGAGGGACCCGAGAGCCAGGUGUAAGAAGUCAGAAUACCACAGAGGGACCCCAGAGACGAGGGUGAACGAGUCAGAAAACCGCCGAGGAACCCGGGAGCCAGGUGUAAGGAGUCGGUGACUCCUCCGCUGGAACGGGAGUCGAUCCAAGAGUCACUACCUGCCAACCAUGGACUGGGACGAGUCCGUCUCCAGUACCAGGUCCACCAGACAAAUGCAUACAAGUGGAGAGAGAAAGAGGCAUGGGAGCGGGCAGUGCCCUGUCGAGUCGUGGGGCGUGUGCCACUGCGUGGAGACGGUCCAACGCUGACGGACUGCGAUUCUGAUCCGCUGGGGCCGUUUUCUGCCUCCGUGGCAGCUGAACGGUCGAGCCCUGCAUUGCAAUUUACACAGACCAGCCGUCAGGGCCGUGUCAGUGUCGCAGCGACUGUCGACUGAACUGACUGUGUCACAUGGCGUGUCACGGACUGCACUUUCAUUGACAGUCGAACACGUGUCACUGACACAUCAGAGGCGUUAGAGUGGAGGCCGUGCGCUACCCUUAUCGCUACUACUGUGUCUGCUUCUUUCCGUAAGGUUCGAGUCCCGUGCCUGGAGGAGUGAGCCUGGGCUGGGCGGAUUCUGCACUGGCGGACACUGCCUGGAGUGGUGCCCAAAGUGGUGUCCGAACUGGUGCCGCCAUGGUGCUCCUAGUGGUGCCCACGGUGGUGCGGUUGGUGCCGGGGCUGGUGCGGUGGGCUGUGUGUGUCCGGUAUCCGGACGAGGGCUCGGGUCCGGACCCGGGUCCGUCUAGCCGCGGCUGUUUGGUCCAUUGGCUCUCCCUGGAGCCGAGCGGCCCGGGGCCGGGGCCGUUUCAGUGUGUAUCAGCCGCCGGGAGAUCGAUUCGUGCUAUUGUAUGCUAUUCUGGCGUCCGUAUUGUACUGUGUUGUGUUGCGUGUGGUGUCCAGGUUGGGGCCCGAACGGCUCGUCAGCGAGGGCUGGCCACGGCACCGAUACACAUUCCAUAUGGCCUCUGCCGGUCACAAGAUCUUAUCGCGCUAGAGUAUUAACUAGUCCAAUGUGCAUUGUUGCUGUUCGCUGGAAGGUGCCGAGUGUGUAUAAUGUGAUGUGUCAUGUUUAUGUAUCAUACAGAACUGUGACUUGGCACUGGCUACUGUGGUACUAUGGUAGGGGCUACCCAAUACAUAUGAUGUUCAUG